AUGACUCAAGCCAAGACCGAUUACUUUGGCUCGGAAUCGCCGCUCAGCGGUCCUUCGAGCGGAGGAGCCAGUCCCUCCAACUCAGCCAUGCUCAGCCCAACAUCGAGCUCGGUAGGCGCGUCGCAGCUCUCGCUUCUCGCUCUCAAUUCGCAGCGUAACUCGCCUUCCACCUCGGCGUGUACUUCGGUCAGCGAUCUCUCCUCCGAGGCCGACAAGCUCUCCCUCGCCCAUGCAAAGGAGCGCCGCACUGCAGAGGCAAGUCCCCUCAACAGGGCCAGCAAUAGCAGCAACAUCGACGAAGAGGCGGAAGGUAGCGCCGACGAUAGCGAGGCAGCCGCCAUCGAAGCAGAGAACCGCAGGGUCGAGGAGGAGCUCGAUUCGGCGCUCGCCUUUGGCGCCCAAAUCGUCCAGCGAGAAGCGCGAGCCCUUGCCAUGGCAGCCAAGCGUCUCUCGAAGCACCAGGUGCAACAAGACGGCUUCCGACAGGCCAUCCGUCUUGUGAUGCGCGCCACUACGGGCGAUCGAGGUGGAAAGGUGGUGCUCACCGGCGUGGGCAAGAGCGGCAUCAUCGCCAAGAAGCUCUCUGCCACCUUCCUCUCGCUCGGCACGCCCUCGAUGUUUUUGCACCCCACGGAAGCGCUGCACGGUGACCUUGGAUUGCUCACGCCGCACCGCGACGUAGUGAUUGCACUCUCCCACUCGGGAUCGUCGCCAGAGAUCCUCGCUCUGGUUCCGCAUCUCAAUGCUCGUAGGUGUCCCAUCAUUGCCCUGGUCGGCAAGCGAGACAGUGCCCUUGUCAGGGCAUCCGACGCCUGGAUCGACUGCGCUACUGGCAAGGAUGACCACGACUCGGAUUCCGAGGAAGAGGAGGACGAAGAAGCAUGGUCAGAAGCCGUAGCUUCAGACUCGGACGGCAAUGCAGAAGAGAGCAGCUCCGCAGACGGUCUGCCAGAGCUGCGUAGGUCGAGCGAGCCGGUUGCCUCUACUUCUGCACCUCAGAACGGGUCCAUUCUCGCUGCCCGUCGAGCCACAAUGCCAUCCUGCGAUGCGUGCGACAGUCGCAAGCAACGCUCCACAAGGAGAAAACGGAACAAAGCCCCACGACCCACCACCGACGAGGCCUGGGACGACGUUCCUGCGCCGAGCAGCAGCACCACGGUCGCAUUGGCCAUGGGAGACGCGCUCGCCUUCUCAGUGACUCGCGCCAAAGGCCUCGGCAGAGACAUGUUUGCUUUCAACCACCCGGGCGGCAAGCUGGGUGCUGACUUCCGAUUGCAAGGCCAAUCUGUGCCAUUGCAAACGUACGACCCGAAAGGCACCGGCACCGAGAGCGCGGUAGCUACCCCGAUUGCUGCAUAA